GUGACGCGGGCCGGGGCCGCGGGGAGGGCGGUGCGCGCGGGCACGUGGACCACAAACACUUCCUAGAAACAGCGAGUCGGCGCUCAACCCUGCCUGAACUUUCCCUGUAAACACGGCGCGCUGACAGAGCGGCAUCCCCGCUGGGUGGAUCCCGCCACUCGGAGCGGGAAUGGCACUUCUUGUUUUUAAUUAGCGAGGUGAAAGGUGAGUGAAAAGGAGCAAUUCGGCAAGUCGGCGCAGGAGGCUUGACUUUUCUGAGGCUUCAGGGAUCCGAAGAGCAGAGCGCCAACGGGCUGGAUCCAAGGCAGUUUGCCUGUGCUCCGGCUUGGGUGUUGGAUGGUGAUUUUUUUUUUCUCCCCCUCUGAAUGAAUUUCUUGCAAGAGUGACUUAAAAAAAAUAAAAGAAAAGGAAAGAAAGAAAGAAAGAAAGAAAGAAAGAAAGAAAGAAAGAAAGAAAGAAAGAAAGAAAGAAAGAAAGAAAGAAAGAAAGAAAGAAAGAGAGAAAGAAAAAGAGAGAGAAAGAAAAAGAGAGAAAGAGAAAGAGAGAAAGAAAGAGAGAAAGAAGGAAAGACCAGCAGUCAGUUUCUUCCCGAACCUAGAGGUGGACUUCGUGAAGCCAGCUUCAGGCGGGGCAUGGCUGUGAAGACGCACGCCUUGGAAUGCCCCCUGGCACCCGGCUUCUAGAUCACUGUCCGCAGGCAGAAGAGGUCUCCCGUAGCCCGCGACAGCCUGACACAUGGCACUUUGGGACUGUGCUCUCUGAUGACAGCGCGUUCGGUUUCUGACAAAGCCUCUCCCUAGCACGCCGCCUCCUGAGGGGAGUCCUGAGGCCAAGGCAAAGCCGCCUGAAAGUGAGGAUCUGCCGCGAGCUGGCACCAGCGGGGGCUCAGCUCGGCAGCAUGGCAUCGGCUGGGCACCUGGUGCCCUUGCUCCUGUGUGUCGCGCUCCUCCAGCUCUGGACCGCGGGACACACGGCGGAUACCACUCACCCUCGCUUAAGACUGUCACACAAAGAGCUCUUGGAUCUAAACAGAACAUCAGUCUUUCGUAGCCCAUUUGGAUUUCUUGAUCUCCAGACAAUGUUGCUAGAUGAAUAUCAAGAGAGACUCUUCGUGGGAGGCAAAGACCUUGUGUAUUCCCUCAGCUUGGAACAAAUCAGCAGUGACUAUAGAGAGAUACACUGGCCUAGCACAGCACUAAAAAUUGAAGAAUGCAUAAUGAAAGGAAAAGAUGCAGGUGAAUGUGCAAAUUAUGUUCGAGUCUUGCAUCACUAUAACAGGACGCACCUUCUGACCUGUGGUACUGGAGCUUUUGACCCACACUGUGCCUUUAUCAGAGUUGGUUAUCAUUUGGAGGACCCCCUGUUUCACCUGGAGUCACACAGAUCUGAGAGAGGAAGGGGCAGAUGUCCUUUUGAUCCCAGUUCUUCCUUCAUCUCCACAUUGAUUGGUACGGAAUUGUUUACUGGGCUCUAUAGUGACUACUGGAGCAGAGAUGCCGCGAUCUUCCGGAGCAUGGGACGACUGACACAUAUUCGCACUGAGCAUGAUGAUGAGCGCCUGUUGAAAGAACCAAAAUUUGUGGGUUCAUAUAUGAUCCCUGACAAUGAAGAUAGAGAUGACAACAAAGUAUAUUUCUUUUUUACUGAGAAGGCUCUGGAGGCAGAAAACAAUGCCCACGCAAUCUACACCCGAGUUGGGCGACUUUGUGUGAAUGAUGUGGGUGGACAAAGAAUAUUGGUGAAUAAGUGGAGCACCUUCCUAAAAGCAAGAUUGGUUUGCUCUGUACCAGGAAUGAAUGGAAUUGACACAUAUUUUGAUGAAUUAGAGGAUGUUUUUCUGCUGCAUACCAGAGAUCCUAAGAACCCAGUGAUAUUUGGACUCUUUAACACUACCAGUAAUAUAUUUCGAGGCCAUGCUAUAUGUGUCUAUCAUAUGUCUAGCAUACGGGCGGCUUUUAAUGGACCAUAUGCUCACAAAGAAGGACCUGAGUACCACUGGUCACUCUAUGAAGGGAAAGUCCCUUAUCCAAGGCCUGGUUCUUGUGCCAGCAAAGUAAACGGAGGGAGGUAUGCAACCACCAAAGACUAUCCAGAUGAUGCCAUUCGAUUUGCCAGAAGUCAUCCACUUAUGUACCAGCCCAUAAAACCUGCCCAUAAAAAACCAAUACUCGUGAAAACAGAUGGAAAAUAUAACCUGAAACAGAUAGCAGUGGAUAGAGUGGAAGCUGAGGAUGGCCAAUAUGAUGUCUUGUUUAUUGGGACUGAUAAUGGUAUUGUGCUAAAGGUAAUCACAAUUUACAACCAAGAAACAGAAUCAAUGGAAGAAGUUAUCCUUGAAGAACUUCAAAUUUUCAAGGAUCCAGUUCCUAUUAUUUCUAUGGAGAUUUCUUCAAAGAGACAACAACUGUACAUUGGCUCGGCUUCUGCUGUGGCUCAAGUCAGGUUCCAUCAGUGUGACAUGUAUGGAAGUGCUUGUGCCGAUUGCUGCCUGGCUAGAGAUCCUUACUGCGCCUGGGACGGCAUCUCCUGUUCUCGAUAUUACCCAACAGGCACCCAUGCAAAAAGGCGGUUCCGCAGACAAGAUGUUCGGCAUGGAAAUGCAGCUCAGCAAUGCUUUGGACAGCAGUUCGCUGGGGAUGCUUUGGAUAAGACAGAAGAGAGACUGGCCUAUGGCAUAGAGAACAACAGUACUUUGCUGGAAUGUACUCCACGAUCUUUACAAGCAAAAGUCAUCUGGUUUGUUCAGAAAGGACGUGACACAAGAAAAGAGGAGGUGAAGACAGAUGACAGAGUGGUCAAGAUGGACCUUGGCUUGCUCUUCCUAAGGGUACGAAAAAUGGACACCGGAAUCUACUUUUGCCAAACAGUAGAGCAUAGUUUCGUCCACACCAUCCGUAAAAUCACCCUGGAGGUAGUGGAAGAGAAUAGAGUGGAGGAAAUGUUUAACAAAGACUACGAAGAGGAUGGACCUCACAAGAUGCCUUGUCCUGCCCAGAGCAGCAUCCCACCGGGAGCAAAGCCAUGGUAUAAGGAAUUCCUGCAGCUUAUUGGUUAUAGCAACUUCCAAAGAGUAGAAGAAUACUGCGAAAAAGUAUGGUGCACAGAUAAAAAGAGGAAAAAGCUUAAAAUGUCACCCUCUAAGUGGAAGUACGCCAACCCCAAAGAAAAGAAGCUCCGAGCCAAGGCAGAGCACUAUCGCCUGCCCAGACACACGCUGAAGGCUUGAUGGGUGGAAACGUCUAUUGGCUUCUGAAGGAUUCGUAUUUGGAAACUUAAGGAAAAAAAUCAUCAAACUUCUCUGCAUUACUUAAAAUAUAUUUCUGUAAUACAGAAAUUACUAUAAAUGUGCUACGAUAAAUUAUUCUAUAUACUUAUUUGACUGGCUAACUCUCAUAUAAAAUUAAUUUUUUAAACAAGUAUUUUGUUCAAUGAUUUCCCCAUUAGAUUCAUGGAAAAGUGCACAUUGAUGUCGUUUUGAGUACUCGUUUUAUUUUCCAUGGCAAUUAUUAUUUCACCCAUGGAUGAAAAUAUAAUUUCAAUGCUGAAGAAAAUGUAAAGACUUAAUCAUUGCAGAAAAAAAAUUAAAAGUUUUUAUUUUUCAGAAUUUUGCCUUUCAACCAAAUAUAAUUUGUAUGAAAUAUCAGAUAUUUUGUCAUUCCCAGGUUUCCUCUAUUGAUAAGAUACUGAUUGGUGUUGUCUAAGUCUCUGAGUUUUAUGAAGCAGGUGUUUUCUGGUUUCUACAAACCAUGAAAGAAGUGUGGUCAACUUGAGGCUUAUGCCUUUCAUAAAACAUUCAUUAAAUUACAUUCACAAUAUGUAAUUAUGGUUCAUAAUGAAAACACACACCCUUCAAAUUUUUCUCCAGUGUGGUAACAAUAAAUUAAAGUAACUUCUCGGAAAGAUAUAAAUGAACGGCAAAACAAAACAGAUGGUAAGCCUUAGAACUUUUAAUGAGAAAUCUUUUGCUGCCCUCUUGUGGUAGAAAAUAUAUACUUUAUAUACCUUUUUCAUAAACAUACAGCUGGUUAGUAAAGAUAUGAAAAUUUCUCCAUAAACUCAUCUAAUGCACUUUCUAAAAAAAAUAGCUGAAAUGAAAUUUCUUCAGUGCCCAGGUUAUGGUUAGUUUGGAAACUUUUUUAUGAAUAAUUAUCUUAUAGGUACAAAAUGAAAAUACUGUAGCACUAAAGCUUCAAACAACACUUAAAACAAGUUUAAUGCUUUCUAAAUACCCUUCUCUACAGUAGAAAAUUAUUUCCAAAAUAACGUGUUGUUUAUUAAUAAAUUUUUAAGUGUCCUCAUUUUUGUAUUUUUCAUUAUUUUACUUUAGCAUAAAAAGUGCUUCACUGAUGUGAUUAACUAGCAAGUGUUCAGAAGAAUUUUAUGUUUUCUCUUGUAAAACUAUCAAAACUUCUUUAUGAGAAUGGGUGCUUCUUGAAGUCUUUCUUCCUAUCCCACUAAGCAAUUAACUUUCCUAAAUAUGAAAUUUACAAAAGUUAUAAUUUUAAAAGAAUAAAAAGAAGUAACACAUGAAGUCAGUUAUGGAUAUUUAUUUACAUAUCAAAUUUAAAUUAAUAUGGGUUUUUUGGGGGGUGUCACACCCAGCAAUGCUCAGGGGUUACUCCUGGCUCUUCACUCAAGAAUUACUCCUGGUGGUGCUCGGGGGACCAUAUGGGAUGCCGGGGAUCGAACCCGGGUUUGCCGGGUGCAAGGCAAACGCCCUACCCACUGUACUAUCGCUCCGGCCCCAUAAAUUAUUCUGUUUUUAAAGCUAACUUAUUGGCUACAUAAUUUAAAAAGUUAAGUGUGAAUAAUUUAUUGCAAUUCAUAAGUUUAUAAAUCUUUCAAAAAAACUCAAAAGUUUAUUGGGUCAACCCCAUAGCUCCAAAGUGUCUAAAAGAUACAAAUACACUGAAAAUUAACAUUUCAAAAGAGCACUCUUCGUAUUUAACUAAGAAUCCACUGGGGGCCAUUGUGCUCACUCUGAUUAUUUAAAAUCAGCAGAAAUUUAAUGAAAUGUAACUAUUUUACAUAAAGCUUGAACCAUAACUACUGAACACAAUGUUGUUCAUAAAGUUUAUGCAAAAUACUCCAAAUAAAUAGCUUAAUCAAGAAAGUAUAUAAUUUAUGAAAAUAUUUCUAUACUAACACUACAGGGAGAAGCACUAUUCUAUCCAGCAUUCAAAUUUGCAUAAAAGGUAAGACAAAUAUGUAUAAGAAGUUACAUUUUUAACCAUAAUAUGCAUUAAUAAUAUACAUAAUAUACAUUAAAAUAAUAUUCAUUAUAACCAUGAUAGUAUUCUCAUUUAUGAAAUAAAAUAUCUGGUAACUGAAGUCCAAGAAAGUUAACUUUUCUCUCACAAAUUUUAAAUAUUAAAAGAGUCUGCAAAAUUUUUUUUUUUAAAAAGUGAAGAGUAUUAACUAGAAAAGAAAUAGUUUCCAUAAAGCGCUAAAAUUGCUUAUUGAAUAACACAUCAACCCUUUGUCUCCUAAGCACUCUUUGGGAUCCUUCGCCCCAAGCCAGAGUACUGAUUUGAAAGGAUACUGAAAAAUGUGAAGACCAAAGCUAACAAUUUAGGGAGAGUACUAUAUGCUAUGUAUGUGUGUAUAUACAUAUACUAUAUAUCUAUUUUCUCUCCCCGUUUUUCUUCCCCCAACUCCCAUACAUACAUAUAUACAUAAGGUAUAUGUGAAUACUCACACACAUACACUUAAUCGCUAUGAUAUAUUUUAAGGUAAAUAUGCAUUGCCUACUCAAAAUACUCAUGAAACAACAAUCUAGGGUGUUUUAUUUUUUUUCAGUGUUUCUUGAAAACCAGAAACAUCACACAAACACACACACACACACACACACACACACACACACACACACACCCCUUUUCUGGCUUUUAUGCCCCCUCAGAAUUCAAAUUUAGCAUCUCCUUUGAGAAAUACUUAAGCUUGUAUCAGUUUUAUCCCCUUUCGUGAACUCAGGAUGUUAUAUACUUCAGACAUCUAUAAGAUUUUAAUGGACUUAAAUUUCUUCCCAACCUCCCCACUUUUUCAGACAUUUGGUGAAAGAGAGAAAUUAUGUCCUCUUGGAACACACAGCUAGGAAUCAAUCAUUCCAUCUGUUUGUCUUAAUAGCAAAGUGCCAUCUUUCUAGGAUCAGUCUCCUGCCUGUUAGCACCACUCCUAUAUAAUUCUGUGUAAAAGACUAUAACUAUAAUAAGUUUUGAGGUAAUACAUUGUGUUUUUUCUCUUUAUGCUCUAUGUCACCCAAUGAUCUAGACACGCAGCAUUGUUAGCAAGGAGGAUACCCUUAAAUCAGUUUUACUUCGUGCCUAGUAAAGUUUCUUCUAUGGCUACCAUUCUGUAUUACCUUUUAAUUUUAGUAUUUAUUAAUAUUUCAAUGCAGAGCUAUUAAUGUGGAGAAACAAAGAUUAAAAUAGAAUUAAUGAUGAAUAAGAGCUAUAGAAAAAAGGGGAAUGGAAAGUCAUUGCCUGCGUUGUAAGUGGAAAUUCCAUAUAUAUAUCGAUAUAUCUUACAAUUUUUUUCUUUCCAAAAUUAGCUAAAUACUUAGGCUGUUUUAUCAUGUAUUUAAUAUUUCUUAGAGGGCAUAGGGUUUUGUAAAUCUUCAUAGUGAUUAUGAACAUUUGUAAAAUUUGUAAAAUAAAAUAAUUUUGAGUGUUGACGUCAAGCAAGAAACAAAUCCAGCAGUUGUUGUUCUUAAAAAUGAAGUAUUGCAUUCUUAGCCUGCCAGAUUUAUUUUAAAAUUAUUUAACAUUGCAUUGGUAUUUGAGAUCCCAGGAGAAACUGUCACAGUUAUGAUAACAGUAAAGAGUUGAUCUGUAUCUUAUGACAAAGUAUACAUUGAAUUAGUUUUUCAAAAGCAGUGCUCAUUUUUCAGGCCAACAAUGGUUGCAUUUGAAUCAGAUAUAAAAAUUAGAUUUUCCACAAAUGCUUUUGAUCAUUACUUAAGCAUAUGUGCUUAUUUUAUCUUAUUUUUCUUAAGCAGAUAGUAUAUUUUGGCUUUUAUUAUGAAUUGGAUGUGUCUGUUUGUGUACAGAGGCCUCAAUUAUAAACUAGAUUACUAGACUGGGUAUUCUUGUCUGUAUGACUUCCUUUUAUUUGCUUGCCUGGUUCCAUCACUGCAUGUGCCAUAUUUUUUUUUGUUUUUACCGAUUGAAAGCCAGAGACAUUAUCAUCUGGUAGCAAGCUGAAAAUACCAUUAAUGAUGACUCUUUAACUAUCACACGGCUCUCCAGUAUCCACCGAGUUAUUACUACCGUUAUGUACAACUUUGAUUUGACUCAAAUAGGUGAAAAUGAAAUAAAUAUUUGUUAAACCCUUAA